AUGUUUACACCACCAAACUUUGCUGCUCAUUGUGCCUUACAUAAAAUAACAAAAAUUAUGACCAGAAUAUUUUAGUUAUAUGAUAAGUUAAGAUUAGAAACCACAAUAGAAAUCCCAAAGUCAAAUUAAGUAAGAAAUUUAAUUUAAUUAUAGAAAUUAAGCAAAACACUUAAGAACCUUUAUCAGAUGAAUCUAGACGAUGAAACUCUCAUCUUGGCUUUUUAUUUUGUUGACUAGAUCACAAAAUAGCUAAGAAUAUUUCUUAACUUAGAAAAUAGUACUGGAUUACUGAUUGGAGCAAUAAUAAUUGCUGAUAAGGUUCUGAAUGACCAACCAAGAAAUAUUGAUCAGUAUAAAUUGGCUAGUGGACUCAAAAAAGAAUAGCUUAUUUAUAUUGAGACUUACUUUUUGGAAACUUUGGACUACAAUUUGUUUGUCUCCCAGGAAAAUUUCGAAAAGUACUUUAAAAGAGUUUAAGAUUAUUGA